ACAGCUUGCCACAAACUUUCUGAAAUGUGAGGCCGGCAUCUGCCUUGUGAGAUGACGAGAAAGUUCUAGAUCCAUUCAACUUCGUGCCUCAAUAUUCUGAGUCAUCUGGUCACCUAUCUACCGCAUUGUACUUGGAACCGCACGUCUGCAAGCCCCGGACCCCUGUACAACCAUCAGCACGAAAGAAUUUGCGCCUCUGACGAGUCUCAUCUGAACCUUGAUCGCUACAUCAAAUACGACCUGGCACACUAUGGUCCAUCAUAAUUACCAUGGCUCUUCAGACCAGCGUUUUUGAGAAUGGCGAAUGGGUGACUCGGACCCUCGAACCGAGAGAACUAUUCAGGCAGACGAUUGCGCCUCAACAGCCAAAACUCAGAAGGCCUUCCUCUAUGCCACCGACAUACGGCGUGUUGACGCGGACCGUUAUAGAUAGUCCAGUUUUUCGCUGGGUGUUGCCCGUGCAGCUGAGGUCGUCCCGCCACAACGAUGUUGCCUUUAUAGGGGAUAACUUUGUGCAAAUAUGCGAACUUGGAAGGGAUGUCCAGCUACAAGAUGUAGCUAGGAAGCAAGAUUUUGGGUCACGCAUACGGAAUGCUUGCGUUAUUGGUCGUCCAACGAAUCAUUAUGCAGGUGGAACAGAGGAGCCUCACAUCAAAAGUGAAGGCGACACUCCAAUGCAAAAUGCACACCCGCCUCGGGCACGAUUACCUCCACAGUUUCUAGCACUUGUGCUCGAACGUGGCGACUUGGUGUUUUUAUAUCUUGAUGAGGGCAGGACUGGCGGUCAGAGAUUUGUCGCGCACAGCGAGAAGAUACCAGACUCGCGCCUCGUGACGGCUGGCUUUCACCUUGCCGUAGACCCGAGUUCAAGAUUUCUUACUUUGGGCUGUACAGAGACUCAUUUCCAAGUUUGGAGUCUGGAGUCAAUGGAAAUACUUGGUUCUCGGCAUGCACAAGGACUACCUUUGCGACCGAUCAAGCGGCUACCAUAUCCGCGAGCCGUCAGGGGAGUGAUUCACAAGUUGGAGUUUCUUUCGCCUGGCGUGGACAGCGAGGAAAGGAUUAUCCUUGCGUUGAUCCUGAUAUACAGGGGCAGUUCCAGGUUACACAGGUACGAGUGGGAGCUCGAAGACGACGUGGGUGCAGCUUUGCGAGAGACAAAUGUUGGGUGGCUGCUUGAUCCAUCUUAUCAAAUGCCUUUGUUGGUCAUUCCUUCCACGGUGCGCGAAAGUUUCCUUAUGGUUACGGAAACUAGCCAGGCCUUCUGGGCGACAUUGAAACACGGAAUUCUGGAAGCAUCUGAGGUUGACAUCGGAGAACAUGACAGAACUGAACUCCACAUUGGUGGAAGAGCGCCUCUUUGGACCGCUUGGAGCCGCCCGUGGCGGGUGCCUGAAUAUCAUCUCGACAAUGACACGAUUUGGUUAGCUAGAGAAGACGGAAUCCUCAAUUUCUUGGAGAUAACUGCAGCAGACGGUCUUUUGACUAACGUUAUUAUGGAAGAGGUGGAGUGCAACAUCGACACAGCGUUUGCUUGUUUGUACGAUCCGUUCGCAGAUAUCCUCAUCACGGGGGGCAAUUCGGGCCCAGGCGCAAUCUGGCGUGCCGAACCACGAGAAGCACCAAGAAAUAUUGGAACAAUCCGAAAUUGGUCACCUACAGUCGACAUCACCUCAACCAAUGUGGGACUCGAUGCGAGGCCCUCACGAACUAGAACUCGUGGCAAUCCAGAGAGCGGUAUAUUUCUGAAAUCCGAUCGCAUUUUCGCUUGCUCUGGUCGCGGCCAAACUGGAACCAUAGUGGAACUCAGAUACGGUUUCGAGGCAAAAGUUGGCCCGGAAAUGGACUGUGGAGAUCCCAUUAAGCAAUGUUGGGUUCUCGACAGCCCCGACAGCGAGUCGGAUGCCGAGUUUUACCUUCUUGUCGCCUUCCCUGACAGGUCUGAUGUCUUCCACGUCAACGUUGACACUUCCAAAGCUGAGCCCCAGAUCCAGGAAGAGGUGCCAUAUGAUUUGUCAUCGACCACAUUAGCUGCCUUGGAGAUUGACGGGGGCACUGUUGUUCAGGUCACAACGGGUUCCGUUACUGUGAUUUCUCCAGAGGACAGUGCACGGCAUCUCCCCCACGAGCUCCUUGAUGGAGAACUCGGAGCCGUAAUCACUACUUCAGCCAUCGAUGGUGAUAUCGUGGCAUUGUCAUUUUAUUCCGACUCAGGCUUUUGCGUCAAUACUGUGCGUGUGGAUGGUCUGGAUCUGAAUCAAGGUGCAAGAUACAAAGUCGGUGGUGAAGUGACAUGCGUGGCACUCGCAAAACUAUCAGAAGAAACCGUCUUGCUCGCUGGUGUCUGGGAAGCAGGACAACCAUUAAUAUUAAUAUGUCCUAUACACGCACGGAGGCAACAAGUCGACCCGAUUCGUCUCGAGAUUGCUACAAUUCCUAACCUACCAUUGAUUGAACCGCUCACUAGCAUCAUCUGUUUCGAAGGUGGGAGUGGGAAUCCGUCCUUGUGCGCCGGGACUAGAAGUGGGGAGAUCAUUACGCUGGAUCUGGGCCCUGAAGACCCCAUGGACUUCCAGGGUGCCUGGGACAAGUUUGGAUCAUCAGCAGCUCAGGUAUUUCCUAUGAGCACAGGCUUGGAAGCAGCAUCUUUGUUUGUAUGUUGCGACUCACAGCUUUUCAUGUUGACCAAUUCAUCAAAGAGGAAGAAGUCUGGUUUUGAGAAAAGGCACCGUGUUUGGGUUACCGGCGCAAUCUCAGAAAAUGGCCCAUCGCCUAAUGUCAAUGCGGUCAGUAGAAUGCGACGAAAUCUAUCACAGGUAGCAGGAAGGUCAACGCUGGCUGUUGUCUCAGGAUCAUCAGUAUAUAUAGCGGAGCUUCAGGCGACGCCUAAGCCUGUACCACGCGACCUUGAAUUACAUGCGACGCCUAGCAAAAUCAUGUAUUACCAUAGGCUGAAAGCGCUGGUUGUUGCGGUUCUGGAGGAUGACCGGCCGGCGCUGCGUUUCAUCGACCCUGAAACUGGCCAGGACUUGUCUUUGCCCACAAACAUCUCAGGCGAUGAAGUUCAACACAUCAGUGGUUUGGGAGAGCCCGGAAGCAAGAUUUUAGCCCUCACACAAUGGAUUUAUCAGAAGGACGGCAACACCUGGGGCUACAUUGUAGUUUCGGUACGCACCCCAGAUGGGACGGGUCGGAUAUUGAUUAUCAUGGCAACAAAGGACGAUAGGAGAGUCUCGGAAGACGGGCCUCGCAGGAUCCGAUUUUAUACCAAGAUGAUCAGACCUGCUUAUGCAAAACCUGUCUAUUCGAUAACAACCGACACACACGGGCUGAUACUGUGCAGUGGGGAUACUAUACUAUACGAAAUACUUGAUAUUGAGAGUAAGAAGUUGAGACAGGUUAAAGAGCACCAACUGUCAUCACCAGCGGCAUGGAUGGAAGUCGUUGGUGGAAAAUUACACGUGGUAACGACCAAACACUCUCUGGAGAUUGUGGACUUUUCGGGAUCACCUGAGAGUGACCUCAUGACCAGAGUUUAUUCAGACGACCGUGCUAAGUGCACCUCCCAUUGCAUAGAAGCAGUGGAUACUUCAAGAACGGGCAACCUUGAACGAAUUACGCUUCUGUCGGAUAUUUAUUGUGGACUAUGGGGAAUGUGGGCACCGCCUCCGGGCGGCGAUGCGCCGCUGAAACCAAUCUUUCACGCCGAGCUGCAGGCAUCUGUGAGGCGGUUUAUAAGGGCCAAAUGCCGACCGCAAUGGAGCGCCCUCAACCGCGAAUCAAAAGGAUUUGGACUGAUACAAAGCAGUGCAGAUGGAUCCGAUAUCUUGGGUGUUGGCAUUGACGGGUCAUUACGGCAUUUCACCAUCCUGAAUGUUGAUGCUUGGCGACUCCUCAGAUUCAUUCAGAAUCUUGCUUUGACACGACCUGAUAUAUGUCUUCCGCCAGCUACUAAUGCUGUCGCCGAGGAAGACAGCCAGGAUGACUUGAUGGAAGUAGAAUGCAAUCCCGAACCGAGGACGUUGCCGGUGCUCAACAUGCAAGUCGACGGCGACAUUCUUCAGCGGUGUUAUGACAAAGGAGUGCUGGAAGAGCUAGUAUCCCAGUCAGCCUACGCCACUCGUCUUCGUCAAUUGCUGGAAGCAGUUGAUGGCGGCAAGCACACGCAGGCGAUGGGAGGUCCUGCGCAAAUGUCAGAGUACAUCGAGCUCGCAUAUGAUAUACUCGAACACUACUUGGCACCAGUACUAUAGAAAGCCAGAGCCACAAAAUAGGGGCUGGAUACGGGCAGAAGAUGCAAGGGGCAAUGCAGCAGCUGUCCUAUGCUACUUUUUAUUUCUUUCUCUCUUUCUUCCUUUUCUUUCUUUUUUCAAAAUCCCCCUUUUUGGGGGGUUUUUCCCACACUACUUAUUAUACCUGUUUGUCAAGGAGCGGGUGGAGC